AACUUUCACAACAAUUGCAAUCGCGGCUUUUGCUGGUCCAUAUCUUCUCCUUUUCCCCGGACUCCCUCUCGUCCUGUCUGUUCUUUCUUGCGGUUCUUGUCUUCUUUUCCUUCCUUUUCUUUUCAUUUUCCGUGCGUGGUUUUUGGCGUCCCUUUGGUUCCUUAUCCUAGCUUGAAGCUCAAGCUCCUUUUCGAUUUCUCCAUUGCACCCCGUUCGUUUUCGUUGAAAUGUUUAGAAAAUCCCUUCAAGCCGUUGCAAGGCCGUCCCGCUCAUACGUUUGCCUUUUUUGUUUCUCUCGCACCUUUGAACGUUCAUUUAUCGCGUCGAGCGCUCGCCGUGAGCCCGCAGCCGAUGUUCAUCCACGCUCUGACCGGAAGGACGGCUUUAUUCUUGAUACUGCGCCUGUGAGCCAUGGAGCGACGAAGUCCGAUAAAACUAAGUCCUCCAUAAGUCGUCUGCGCCGGGGUGAUAAGACACAUACCUUUAAACCAAAAAAUGGUAAUCCGACCGGUAGAAGCCUUGAAGAACCAUCGCACAAUGAAACAAGUUCCGGGGUAACAACAGCCCUCAAGAAGAGAAAGAAGAGAAAAAAGGUGGAAAAAUCCUCGGCUACAUACCCUCCAGUGCGUUCUGUGCUUUCGGGAAGGGCCAGCCGGAAGUUAACCGGACAAGAAAAAGAGGAAGAAUAUAGGCAGUCAAAGGACCAUGAACGUGUUCCAGCGGAUGACCUGUUGCGUUGCCAUUCUGGGAUUUUAGAGCCUUCAGAAGAGAGUAUAAAAGCUCUGAAUGUCGAAUCUACGGCUGUGCCCACUCUUGCGUAUAAUUUAGAUCGGGUGCUCUUCAACCCAGGUGUUUAUCAUCUAAGAGACCCAAGGUCUCGUGUGUAUAAUUUUGACCCUUACCUGAGCACUAUCAUGCCGGUAUCCGAAUUCGAUUUUGAGGCGCUGGGUUCUUACAUCACAAGUUCACGGGACGUUUUUCUUCGCGAAAUGGCACAAAAGCAUGGCAAAAAAUAUAUUGGGUCGUCCUCCAGUAUGACGGGAGUGCUUUCGCACUUCCAUUUUCUUCUUUCUGCUUGGCGACCCCUUAAACUGGACACUCUAUCUCAGCAAUUCUCCGACACAAUUCGCAGUUUCACCCGCCUGACAAGAGCUCCGGCUGCCGUGUUCUUGCGGUAUAAGGGGGAUGGGAUUUAUGCUAUCGACGCCGAUAAGGAAUUUGAUUCUGCCAAUAUUCUGAUGAAUCUAGGUAGAUCGAUGGAAAAGCUGCUUACGAUGCCUACGGACGAGUAUGAACGUUAUCGGCGGACGAACGGUGAGAGGACCCCUCUGGGCGAGGCGGAGCCAGAAACAUACCAUUAUUCAACUUGUGGUGAUUUCUUGAUGAGAGCACAGCUGGAUGCUUAUGAUCCCCGCCUCCCAGGAACCGGCAUGUUUGAUCUGAAAACUCGCGCCGUGGUCUCCAUUCGUAUGGAUGCCAAAAACCCGGAUAAAGGGAUUGGCUAUGAGAUCAAGGAUCGGUUCGGGGAUUAUGAGUCUUUCGAACGAGAAUAUUUUGAUAUGGCUCGCUCAGCCUUCUUGAAGUACUCGCUCCAGGUCCGAGUGGGUCGAAUGGAUGGGAUUUUUGUUGCGUUCCAUAAUACCCAGCGCAUCUUUGGGUUCCAGUAUCUGGCCUUGCCAGAAAUGGACAGGGCCCUUCACGGCCAAGAAGACGUAGCUUUGGGAGAUGCCGAAUUCGUGCACAGCAUAGCGCUCUGGAACAAGGUUCUGAAUGCGGCUACUGCCCAAUUCCCGGAACAAUCACUACGGUUCCAUUUCGAGACUAGGGACGGCGUGGUCCCGUUUAUGUACAUUUUUGCCGAACCCGUGACGGAGGAGGAGAUUGACGAGAUACAAACUCGCAACCAGGAGGAGAUCGAGAAAAUCCAACACAAGCUUCUCUAUCCUGAGCUAUACGACAAGUCCGAGGGGGCCAGCGACUCGGUCGACGAAGAAGCUAAGCCAGCAGAGGAAGUCAAAGAGGCCGAUGGUUCUGAAACCACCAGUCAAGUCUCUGACAAGCCUGUGAUGGGAAUGAUUCUGCGCAUCUGCAACAACGUGAACGGGCGAAUUGUUCCGCGACCUGAGCGGUUCGUGGCGCAGCACAAGUGGACGGUCGACUACAAUUUCGAUAUUAUGUCUGAGACUCGCGGGAAAGCGCUUCUCGCGGCGUGUAAACGGCGUCGAGAAAAAUGCCUCUCAGACGCUGCUAAUUCGCAAGACGGAGGCUAUGGCCACCGCCUGUGGGAAAUCAGCAGCAAGGGCCGCAAGUGGCGUAAAGCCCAAGAUGCGCUAGAUAAGAAGCAUGGUAUUGUCACUCUGAACGAUUGAUAGAAGUUCACUAAGUGGAGUUAACGGCGCAGUGGUAUGGUUGAGUUGUUUGCUAGCAUGAGAGAAUAAUGUGUCGGUCUUGGGUUCAUGGUUUCCCGGCUGCUUCUAUAUUGGUAGUUUCUCUGAGAGGACUUUUUUUCUUUUCGACGCCACAAAAAAAAAGGGGGGUGGAAUGAGGCAUCUGUAUAAUAAUAAGGCUUAUUAGACGGCAAAUACAUAUAAUCGCGACUGCAUAGUGA